AAUUCAGCAUAAAUAUGAAAUGAGAAAGGCAGAGAAAGAAGAGAGUCAUGAAGUUAGGGGCAGUCGACACUCCCAUUGGGGAUCUUCCUUGGCUUUUUACAUCACACAAGAAGACACGAUAGCAAGUUUGGAUACUCACUGCUGAAAACUUUAAGAGAGAUUGGCCUUUUGCAAAAUUACAACAAUUCUGCUAGACUUGCACAGUUGUCAUUCGAAACAAAGCCACGUGAACCAAUUUUAGCUGGAAGAACACAACUAUGACAUUUUCUCUUUCAAAUUUAAUGGCCUUUACCGUUGGUGCAUAUUUGUUACUUUGUAGAUGUGUGCUUUGUCGACAUUCGUUACAAACGGAACAGGCAAUUCGAAAAUAAGCAUUUCAUACAAAGAUCGGCAAUUAGGUCGGUUUGUGUGAACUCAACAGGAACGCUUGAUCUAGCUGCCACCGUAUUGUGUUCAGAGUCAAUAUCACAAUAAUUAUUAUGCGACCUUGUUCUGAACAAUCGGUCGUUCCUACAGCGAAUUGAUAAGUUUGGGCAGGCAGACAGGCAGGCAACUCUGAGUCACCCAAAGUUUGUCAUCAAUGCUGGACCAUGGUAAUGAUGGUUCAAAGGAUUGUGCGAUGAAUAUGUCCUGAUGAGGACUACUACGAUUACUACAACAUCCGAGAAGGAAAGACGUACGUAAACCAAUCGAUAUUCUAAAAAUCUGUGGAGAACACUGUCGACAAGGAAAGAGGAAAGUGAGAAUUCGAGCAGCUUCUUUUGAUCCAUUGCAUGACCAGCUUCCAGACAAGUGUUUGCCUAUAGGAGAGCCUAAAGUGGAUUUUAUACUUUCGAGAAGUGUUAUGGCCAUUCUCACCAAUAUUGCCUCCCUACUGGCCAAAGUCAGAACAGUCAUUGUCGUGGGACUUGGUGCUCUGUUAACAGCAGUACUUGCUACUGGAUUACGAGGGGACUGGUUACUUAUUUACGUCCAAGUCAAGGGACUUUGGCAGGGUGAUACGACAUGGAGAACGACCUCCUCUCAACAUACGUCCUUCGACAUCGACAAUUCAACCGAUCAUGAUUUCGGAAGCCAUCGGAAAUACCUAAAGGGCUUGGGAUUUUACGUUCUUCAAUCUUUAAUUGGGGCUUUCCUCAUCUUUUAUGGAGUUGGUGGAUACUUGAAAUGGUACUACUACAUACAACGCCGUGAGAGGGCAGCAGACUGGAAAUGCCAACCGGAUCGGUUUUUAAAUCCGGAAGAUGACCGGUUGGAGUUUUGGUUGGGAACUCUGAACAUGGUAAUUGGAACUUGUAUAUCAGGUACCCUCGUGACGUACAUUAUGAACGGAGGGGAAACAAAACUCUAUUACAGCAUCAACGACUACGGGUGGGGCUACUUCAUGGCCUCCAUCCCAAUCACUUACCUCUACAACGAAGCAGCUAUUUACUAUCCUCAUCGUCUGCUGCACUUACCGAUCUUUUACCGUCGAUUCCACAAGCUUCAUCAUCGUUUCAAAGCUCCAACUCCCUGGUCAACCGCUGCCAUGCAUCCUUGUGAAUUCAUCUACUUCCAAUUUUUCCUCGAGAUUCCGAUUUUCCUGUUUCCAUUACACGCAGGGGUUUUUCUGUUCUGGCUGAUCUACGGAUAUUACUACGGCAUCAUAUCUCACUCUGGAAUCGAUCUACAUUCUAAACUGCCAUGGCAACCGAGCGCAAUGUUCCACGACGAUCAUCAUAAGUACUUCCAUUGUAAUUUUGGCGUGAAUACGAUGCUCUACGAUAAGCUUCAUGGGACGAUCAGGAAGGCGGACAGAUUCUACUCAGAAACGACCUUCGGGGGGAAGGGCGCCCCCAUCAGACGAACUCCAGAUGCAAAAUCCAAGGAUUUGAAUAAAGACAAGUAGCUACACAUUGAUGGACGUCACUAACGUGGGAUAAGGCGAUAUCCAGCCAGGUUUUUCCUCAAGUCCGCUAUCUUUGCGGAUAUCAGCAUUUUGUGAAAAGUGUAUUCAUCACCGGAAUAUAAUGACAAAGGAUUCUAAAUUCCUGCGAUUAUAGUGAUAAUUAUGUUGUCCUCUUGUUUGCUUUUAUCUGUUUAUUACUGCCUUCAAAAUAAUACAAUAUGAAAUAUGACAUAAUUAUAUGCAAUAUACACAAUAAUCCAGAACAUAAACUAUAUAAUCUUAAUGCAUAAAGAAUACAAAAUAGCGAUGUAAGCAUAAACUUGAUUUUUCAAUAAUAAUAAUUAUUAUUACAUUUAAUGAACGCAGGAGACCGCCAUCGUAAGCGGUUAAGCUUGAGAUUGAUGAUGGCCUCAUAAAUAGGUUCGAGACUGAGGCUGAUAUUUACCUAUAGGUUCAGUGCAGGUGCGAGUGCUGUGGAUAGCAGUAGAGUAAAAUAAGAUUUUUUUAUCACCGAAUGUUGAUAUUUGUGUGGUUAUGCUA